GGGGGCCUGGAGAAGGGCAGCUGGUCACUAGCCACACAGGGUCGGGGCCCCGGCUCGAUUCCCGGGAGCUCCGGAAGAGGGGCCCACCCCCACCCCACCGCCCCACCUCUGAAAUCGCCAGCCAAACAGGAGCUUCCUCCUCCUUCCCGGCCCCUCCGGACUUCUCCGGGAAGCCUCAGCGGUUGUGGACGGGAACGAAUUUUGUAGCUCAGACGGCGGCCCCGGAGGCUUCGGGUGUGAGGGCACGCCCAGCCGGAGAAGCCGGCCAGGGCGGAGGAAGCUGGAGCUCCCGGGUCUGGGUGGAUCCAAGGUCGGAGCGUAGCUAUUCGUAGGGAGGUGAGAGGUGGAUCAACAUGGACCCCUUCGACAGCCCAGCCGCCUAGAGCCGGCCUGCUGCUCACUUCGGAGCUGAGCUUUCCCCGAGGCGCAAACAAGAGAAGCUGCGGAGCAACUGAAUUGGAAGUUCCGGGGUGGGCGGGGAAGCCCAGGAAGCCACCUGCCGAAGAAGAUGCCUGCCUUCAACAGCUUGUUUCCCCUGGCUUCCCUCGUGCUCAUCUUGUGGGUCGGCAUCUGCGUCCCCGUGUGUGUGGAAGUGCCCUCGGAGACGGAGGCUGUUCAGGGCAACCCCAUGAAGCUGCGCUGCAUCUCCUGCAUGAAGAGGGAGGAGGUGGAGGCCACCACGGUGGUGGAGUGGUUCUACAGGCCCGAGGGCGGUAAAGAUUUUCUUAUCUACGAGUAUCGGAACGGCCAGCAGGAGGUGGAGAGCCCCUUCCAGGGACGCCUGCAGUGGAAUGGGAGCAAAGACUUGCAGGACGUGUCCAUCACAGUGCUCAAUGUCACUCUCAACGACUCUGGCCUCUACACUUGCAACGUGUCACGGGAGUUUGAGUUCGAGGCUCAUCGGCCCUUUGUGAAGACCACCCGGCUGAUCCCCCUUCGAGUCACUGAGGAGGCUGGAGAGGACUUCACCUCUGUGGUCUCAGAAAUCAUGAUGUACAUCCUCCUGGUCUUCCUCACCUUGUGGCUGCUCAUCGAGAUGAUAUAUUGCUACAGGAAGGUCUCAAAGGCCGAAGAGGCAGCCCAAGAAAAUGCGUCUGACUACCUGGCCAUCCCAUCAGAGAACAAAGAGAACUCUGCGGUGCCAGUGGAGGAAUAGAAGGGGUGACUUGAGGUGAUGUACAGGGAAGGGAGGGGCAGGUAGCUCAGGAUGGUAGGUUGUACAGGUGACACUGUCACCCACCAAUCAAAAUGACUUUAAAUUUGGUCCUUUAGAUUAGAUUUCUACCCUACCCAGAGUCCCCACCCUCAGAACACAUCUUUAAGUUGAUGCCCAAGUCAUAAAGCUCUGUGUGAGGUCGAGUCCUUUGGAAGGUGAAUUGCUUUGGCCUGAGUGUUGGGGCAACUUGAACUUCUGACCCAUAGUGACCAAAAAUAAUUCCCUGACUCCCUCCUAUGUAAGGAUCAUGGAUUUUGUCAAAGAGUCUUUGGCUGGGCUGGACUGAGCUGGAACUUCUCAGUGAGUUGUUUUGUCAUUGGUAGGUGGCCUGAACACUGAAGGACUGGCUAUCCUAGGUUCAGUGAUGCCAGCAGCAUCAGGAGGCUGCCCCAGGGGCCACAUCACUUCCCUUCAUGCCUCCAUCCUUCAGCUCACUCAUCAUCCAUCCACUCACCUCCGACUUGCUAACCCCAUCAGACCUAUACACCAGAAGACCUUGCCAGAACUGAGGAGCCAACAUGUCUACACAGACUCAACCUCACCCUGUCCUGGCUAUCAGGCAAGCGGCUCCCAUGCCAACUGACUCCUCCCCUGAUCUCCACCCGACUUUGAACACAUGCCGUGGGCAGUAUAUCCACCUGCCCCUUACUGGCUGGAGCUGGCUCGUUCUCCAUUGCUGCAAGUGAAUGCAUGUCUUAGUGGAAGGAAGCAGGAAUGGUCAGUUGGGGUUAAAGCAAAAGAGUGUCAUGAAAUGGGAUUUACUGAUGUCAGUUUUUCUAAGUUCCUGGCCCACGGGGCUGGAGCAUCAGAGCAAAGCAUGCCUUUUUGGGCCUUCCAGUGAUAGAAAGUUCGUUAAGCAUGGACUAAACUAUUCUCUGGAGCUUGGCUCCAGGGCUAGACACCGAUAGGUCUCAAAGGCCUGGGUUAAUCUCAGUCCUUGAAGAAGCCAAGCGUAGGCAACCGGUUUAGUCACACAUGUUUGUAAUCCUCACACGGUAACAUGUGUGUGCCUUCCCAGGCGAGCACACUUCCUGAGAUGGCCAGGUGGCAAUACUUCCCUGUGGGCACUGGAACUGAAAUCGCAAAGUUCUUCCUCUCAGAAUUUCUGUGGAUCAGUAUUAUUACUCAUUUUACAGGAGGCAACUGAGACUCAGACAGAGCUUAACAAAAUAAGAGACUUCAAAGGAUAACCUGGAGCAGAUAAGGCCUUAAGUGCCGCCCGGUGUACACUUCCCGAGAUGGGAUAAUUGUGUUUCUGCAAAUUGAGUUUGGCUAUGGCUCUUUCCCAAGCCCAGAAUUAGGUGGGUUGCCUGGCUAAGGUUAACUCAUAUUGAUUCAGGUAACUAGCCCUUGGCCAGAAAGGAAGAGAGAAGGAUAUGAGGUAGAUGUGAAGAAUUUCUCUACUGAAAAGAUUUGUGACUCUGAAACCUCCCCCGGAAAGGGAAUGCACCUGGGAAUGAUGCUUAACCAAGACACAUGUUUUUAGUGAGACGGAUGAUGAGCAAAUGGGUGCAGUGAUGGGGGAGGGGUAAGCUUGGUGACUUCCAAAAAUUUCACCUGGGAAUUCAGUGUCCAGGAGUCUUUUCCAGAUGUUAGGAGAGCAGAUAAACACUGGACAAAUGUUAGCCACUGUCUUAUGAUUCACUUUGAGUAACUGGUGUUAAAUGUGGUGUCCUCGGGCACUCUGUGAUGAGGGAGGGAAGGAUGCUACAUGGGAUAUAAGAAGAUGAAGGUGAUGGGAUUCCGUGGCCAAGAUGUCCCUCAGAUCCAGGCAGAUUUCUGGGGAAAGAUCCUAUCCCUUGGCUUUGGGCCUGACCUUGACAGAGUCAGUUUUUCUUCUCUCUGCCAUUCCUGGGGAAGUAUUUGAAACAAGUCCUUGUUGACAUAUUCAUGAGUCUGAGUUUACUGAAGAAAAUACUUUCUUUCAAUAAAUUCAAGACCUUUCUCAUUGGUAAUUUCCCACAUAAUUCCUCUGAAAUAGGGGACAGAAUGUUGAUUUCUUUUACUUUAGAGUGAGGGAAACUGGCCUGGAUUACUGUGCGGUUUCCCCAGCCACAUGGCUGGUGGGUGACAGCUUGCUGUAGAAGCAAGCUACCUUCUAGCACUCCACUCCGCUGCUGCUUCAGUAGGCUGUGCGUCUCACUUGUGACCAAAUAUGCAUGUUUGUCUUGUUUCUUUUUGAAAAGCCAAUUGCCUGAGUGAUUUUUAAUGCAGCUGAAUGAUACCUCUUUUUUUCUUCUUUGUCUUUUGCAAGUAAUCUUCCCUAGUCUUUUCCUUCUCCUAAUGCCUCAACUUGUCAUCCUCAAUACUUUAUUAAGCUCUGUGCUUUCCCAAGCCUUUUUAUUUCAGUUAUCUUAUUUCUUCCCCACAACUAGCGCUGCGAGGUGGAUAUUGCUAAUAUGGGAACAGAUGAAGAAACAGGCUGUCUGAGGCUAAGAUGCUUUACCAAAUCAUAAGUUCAUGUGGCUGGUAAGCAGAGAGCUAGAAUCUGGGUCUUCUGACCCCCAGCCCAGGUCUCUCCAUGGAGACCACGGCUGCUUCCUUUCCUCUCAUUAUUUUUACCUUUAUCAAAACCUUGCCUCUCUUGCUUGUCCCGAGAUGUUCAACAUGUUCUCCCGCCCCAAGCCCACCACCACUUUGCUUCUUGGCCCUUGCUCUGUAUGUGCUUUGACAGUCUAUCUCAUGUUGCUUUUCCCUUUCUCCUUGGCUUGUGCCGCGUUCUUUCUCCUGAACUGCAGUUGAACUCCUUCCUGGAGACCUGAUCAUGACUCUAAAUCCACAAGGUACUGUGAUCACCAGCCUACUUCAAGUCCUCACUCUCUCCCCAUCGCUCCCCAUCUCCCUACAGAGGGCCCUGACGCACGUGCACUGCUCUGGAAGCUUUGUCUGGCAUGCUGUUCUUAUUCAAGGGCUUAGAAAUGUUCUCAAGGGCUAUUAUCACUUUAGGAACCCUAUCUGUUGUCUUGGUGCUGGGUAUUCCCCAUGACUGAUCCUUAACCACACAUUUUUUUACUAAAGGCUCAGCCAGGCUGGGUCUGGUUUUCCCUUUCCUUUGGAUGUUGAUGGCCAUGAACUUCAUUACUCAACUCAGUUGACCCCCGUGAGCACCCUCCCCGCUGAGCUUUACCAUCGGCUCAGCCUUGCGUCACAGCUCCAACUUCUGUGUGGAAAGACCUCGACAGUCAAUACCUGUUCCUACGCCGGCCUUUCUUUUCAGACCGUCUAAAAGCACUAUCCUUUAGAGUCACCACCCCCAAACAUCCACACACCCAGACUUCUGAUUCUCAGAGUUUCUAGUUUCUCCUUUGAUGCCAAAUAAGACACGUUAGUAGAAAAGGAAUUUUUCAAAGCAGGGAUAUGCUGGAAGUAUGUGUAGAGCUAUGAAUGGUGAAGAGAAGCGAUAGUAGCUCCCUCCCUUCUCCCCAAAUUAGAUCAAAAAGAAAAAUAUACCCAUCUCAGAAUCUGUCAUAAAUCAGAGGGAAGAGGGCCAUGAGACUACAUUGUGGCAGGAAGAAGCAGGGAGCUAGACACAUUUCACAACAGGUCAUGGUUCCCCUUUCCCAAGUUAAGUGGAAAUGGAAAAAUAAAAUAAAAAGCACCUUCCUUUCCUCUCCUUUUGUAAAUGAAAACUCUCUAACCGGGUGAAUUCUCUUAGGCACUGGCUAUGUAUCUGAAUACCACUUGGCAUGUCAUGACUCUGAUCAUGCAUUCAUUCUGCAUUUUAGCACCCACUCUGUGUUAAGCACCAGUCUCAACCCUGUGUGUGCCUCGUGGCCUUAGGUUUUAAAAAUAGCACCACCCAAGGCCUUUCCUAAUCUCUGCUGUGGUAGAUGACUUACGUUUAGCCCCUCUACCCGUCCUUGAGUCUAUCGGAGGACCCAGGAGAUAAGCGCUUUAAGCAGGCCUAAGUUGUAGAUUAGCCUCAACCCCUAUCUUAGGCCAGCUAAGCUCAAAGCCUGUAUUACUUUAUCUUUCUUUUCCCCAAGUUACCACUUGGCAAGAGAUGUCUCUGAUGGGCAGUGUUUGUGCCGGGGCGGGAGGCUGCUGAAGGUUGAGUGCUUGUAGGUUUGUGAUGCGCCAUCAAACACGACCAGCAAACUCAUGCAGUCCUGGAACUGAUGGGGCUCAUUGCUAUGUUGUCACCUUCUUGCUGCUUUCUCUUGAUUUUCCACAGCCAAUCUUUCUCUGAACACUAGAAAUGUCGUUCCCGACCACCCAAUGCCUGUAUGUGGUGUUUUUCAGUAAACUCCCUGUUCACAUUAAUAAAGUGUCUAUAAACACC